GUCCGUCCCCCAUUUCGCCGACCCACCCCAAGUUUCCCAUUCGUAACUGCCACCGGCGAGCAUUCCUUUGCUGCUCCGCUUACGCUGCCGCCACCACCGCCGUCUGCAUGGCGGAGGAACUAGUCGGAACGGGUGGCGCCACCUCGGACCCCGACGGUCCCGACGGCGUCCGUAUGAGCUGGAACAAUUGGCCCCGUUCCAAGAUCGAGGCGAGCAAGUGCGUCAUCCCCGUUGCUGCCUCCAUCACCCCGAUCCGCGCCUCCCCCUCCGUUCUCGUCCUCCCCUACCAGCCCCUCCGCUGCAAGCCCCCCUGCUCCGCCGUCCUCAGCCCCUUCGCCCGCGUCGACUUCGCCGCCAAGAUCUGGAUCUGCCCUCUCUGCUUCUCACGCAACCACUUCCCCCCGCACUACGCCGGCAUCAGCGAGGCCAAUGUCCCCGGCGAGCUCUACCCCCAGUGCACAACCGUCGAAUACGCCCCACCGCCCCUCGACCACCACUCCGCUCCAUCGUCUGCCCCGCCGCCGCCCCCCGUCUUCCUCUUCGUCAUCGACACCUGCCUCAUCGAGGAGGAGCUAGGAUUCCUCAAGUCCGCGAUGCGCCGGGCCAUCGGCCUGCUCCCGGAUAACGCCCUCGUUGGGCUGCUCACCUUCGGCACCCAGGUCCAUCUAUACGAGCUAGGGUUCGCGGAUGUGUCCAAGAUCUACGUGUUCAGGGGGAUCAAGGAAAUCUCGAAAGACCAUAUCUUGGAUCAGCUCGGGCUCUCUGCUUCGAGUGUCCGGCAUGGUGCCGCCGUUGGAAUGCCAGGGUAUACCAAGGCGCCGCAGACCAAUGGGUUUCAUCCGUCUGGAUCGGUUCAUAGAUUCCUGCUUCCGGCUGCAGAUUGUGAAUACGCUCUCAGUUCGUUGCUGGACGAGCUGCAGACAGAUCAGUGGCCAGUUGAAGCAGGGAGCCGUGCUCUUCGUUGCACGGGGGUUGCCCUAAGUGUUGCCGCUGGCUUACUGGGAGCAUGCGUGCCUGGUACUGGGGCUCGCAUCAUAGCUUUGGUUGGUGGACCAUGUACGCAGGGCCCUGGAAUGAUUGUCUCAAAAGAUUUGUCAGAACCAGUUCGCUCUCAUAAAGAUCUUGAUAAAGAUGCUGCUCCACAUUUCCACAAAGCUGUUAAAUUUUAUGAAAAUUUGGCCAAGCAGCUAGUUAGCCAGGGCCAUGUAUUGGACCUAUUUGCUUCUGCACUUGAUCAGGUUGGGGUUGCAGAGAUGAAAGUAUCAGUUGAAAGAACAGGUGGACUUGUUGUUCUUGCUGAAAGUUUCGGGCACCCAGUUUUUAAAGACUCCUUCAAACGCAUUUUUGAAAAUGGCCAACAGUCUCUUGGUCUUUCUUUUAAUGGGACACUUGAGAUCAACUGUUCAAAGGAUAUCAGAAUUGAGGGAAUUAUUGGGCCAUGUACAUCUUUAGAGAAGAAGGGAACUCUUUGUGCUGAUGUUGUCGUAGGCCAAGGAAAUACCACUUCGUGGAAGAUGUGUGGUCUUGAUAGGACUACUUGUUUGACUGUAUUCUUUGAAAUCGUACCAAGCGAACGGUCAAACCAAUCUGGAAUUCCAAAUCCACAAUUAUAUAUACAAUUCUUAACAAAUUAUCAGGGUCCUGAAGGUCAAAUGAGGUUACGGGUUACAACCAUCACUAGAAGAUGGGUGGAUGGUUCCAAUGCAGAGGAACUGAUUGAAGGAUUUGAUCAGGAAACUGCAGCUGUUGUUUUGGCAAGAUACGUCUCCUUGAAAAUGGAGAUGGAGGAAGAAUUUGAUGCAACUCGAUGGUUGGAUAGAUCACUAAUCCGCCUUUGCUCCAGAUUUGGUGAUUACCGAAAAGAUGAUCCUGCUUCAUUUACAUUAAAUCCAAAUUUUUCAAUACUCCCACAGUUUAUGUUCAACCUGAGGCGCUCACAGUUUGUACAGGUUUUCAACAACAGCCCUGAUGAAACUGCUUAUUUCCGUAUGUUGUUGAAUCGGGAGAGCAUCACCAAUUCUGUUGUCAUGAUACAACCUUCACUUCUUUCAUAUUCUUUUAACUCCCCUCCUGUUCCUGCAUUAUUAGAUGUUGCGUCUAUAUCUUCAGAUCGUAUAUUAUUGCUAGAUGCCUAUUUUAGUGUUGUUAUCUUCCACGGUAUGACCAUUGCUCAAUGGCGCAACAUGGGUUACCAGAUUCAGCCUGAGCAUCAGGCUUUUGCUCAGCUGUUACAAGCUCCUCAAGAUGAUGCCCGGGUGAUCAUCAGAGACCGCUUCCCUGUGCCCAGAUUAGUUAUCUGUGAUCAGCAUGGCUCCCAGGCAAGAUUUCUGUUAGCCAAGUUGAAUCCAUCAGCUACAUAUAACUCUGCCCAUGAGGUGGUGCCGGGGUCUGAUGUCAUCUUCACUGAUGAUGUUAGUCUUCAAGUGUUCUGUGAGCAUCUUCGAAGACUGGUUGUUCAGUCAUGAGGACAUGCAUUUUGCUCAACUUAAUUAAUUAUGACAAUGCAUUCGCUGUUUAUGGAGUUGACUUCAUCUGGGGACCGAGGUGGGUAGCUUCUGCCAAUUUUUGGGAGUCUUGGUAUAUGGGAAAUUUAAAUAUGGUACAAAUCAGGUUGACAUUUUUGGAUGGGAAUUCAGUCAGGGUAACUUCUUUUUCUACUUUUCUUCUUUACUCACUCGACAUUGUUCACUGAAAGUGGACAUUUUUGGACCUCUUACAUUUAUAUAUUUUUUUAUAGUAAUGAAGUCGAAAUUGAACAAUGUGGCCUGGAGAAAACAUGUAGGGCCUAUUUAUUAGUUUUAUAUAAAUGGAAACAUUGCUCUUUUAUAUUGUUUUCCUUCAAA